AUGACAACUACCACUGCCACUAGAAGGCUACCAUUCCUACCACAGGAAAUAUUAGACAACAUAUUGUUAUACCUCAUGAACGAUGAGGAUACAAUGGACUAUCUAGAAAAUGUGCCAGAAUUGACAUCAAUGAUCAUCAACUACCGACGACCUAUGGUGGAAGUCCUGAAAUAUUGGACGGGACUGCAUGCGGUAGUCUACAGUAUUGAGAAAUUUUUCCAUGAACGGACCCGGUUGAACUAUAGGCCCAAGGUUGUAGAAUCGGACAUUACAACCAUCUGUCAGAUCCUUGACCUGGGGGUGGAUUUACUGGGGAUCAAAUUCAAAGUCAAUGUAGCCGGGUACAAUACCGACGAGCAAGUACAGCGGGCUGUUCUUGGUGUCGAUAUUCAUGAUUUGAAUAUCAAUCGAGGUGUCGGGGUACGGCCAGGUUUGAAACAUUUAGGAGUGAAGCAGUCAUUGACUAAAUACCCAAAAGGACUUGAGACAUUGAGGCUUGGAAAGGUUCUUCCUCAACAUGUCCGUUAUAUUCCAAAAACUUUACAUAGGUUGGAAUUGACUGAUGUACAUACAUCUAGAUGUAAAUUACCAACGUCAAUCCGUGAAUUGCGGAUUGAAGUCAAGAAUCUUGCAGAGAGCGUGAUCGACGUUGCUUAUUUGGACAAUCUUCGUCUGUUUGAGUAUAAAGGGUGUGUCACAAUACGAUGCAUGAGUCACUUACUGGACAUGCACUUGCCAAAAACAAUUGAGAGUGUGUCGAUACAAUGCUCAAGAAUGUUGUCCUUGAAUGGGAUAGAAGUGUUGACCAAUCUCCAGAAAUUGGUAGUUAUCGAUUGUCCCGAUUUGGUAUUGUUUUUCACGCCAGUAUUUCCAGCUACAUUGACACAUCUCGAGUUUAGUUUCAAAAGUUGUCAGCAAAGACUAAUGGAAAGAAAUCGAGUGGUUUUCCAAAUUCCGGGCACAAGCUCUCUUGAAGCGGUAAGAUUUGUGUAUGACAGCGGCGCAUUCCUACUUGCGGUGGAAGACGAGUUCCAGCUACCGACACGGUUGAGGACUUUGAUUUUGAAAAAUCAUCAAGGAAUAUACUUUGGACCUAAAUUCCAUCUUCCCAAUUUGCAAACGUUGGUGGUGGAAAAGAUUUACAAGUUGAAUAGCAGUAGGUUGAUGUCCGGGUUAGCCAAUUGCAAGAAAUUGAAUAGGUUGACAUUGAAGGAUUCUGGUAUCGAAUCUAUGGACGAUGUCAAAUUUCCCCUGAACUUAACUAGUCUUGAUUUAUCAAGGAACCUUUUGAGCUCAAUGAGAAAUACAAAUUUGAAGCAAUUGAAAUAUUUGCAGAGUAUGGAUUUAUAUCACAACCGAUUUACACAUAGUGGCGAGUUCGAUAUCCCUCUACAUUUACAGCGCCUUAUGUUGUGGUACAAUAAAUUGCAAAAUCACAAUUUUGCUCAUUCCAAUUUAACUUGGAUAUCGUUUGAGGUGCCGGUGGCUGUUACAUUCAGUUGGAAACUGCUCCCAUCUUCAUUGAAAUAUAUUACUAUGCAGUGUGAUGGCCAGUGUAUUGGUCAAGUGCCCGAUUCUUUCCAAAGGUUACGAAAAUUGAUCAUCUACACUUAUGGCUGUCCUCCUCGGUUAAAGUCUUUGGAUUUUGCUCAUCUUCCCGAUUUGUAUACUUUGGAAUUGUCGAAUGUUCAUCCGCCUGAUCGCGACCUCGUCAGACUACCUGCGUCACUAGUCCAUCUUCAUCUUCAGUUUUAUCAUCCGAGUUUUGCCUCAUGGCCCGAGAUGGGGCCGCUUGAAAAUUUAAAGACAUUGUUUCUUUCCAGUGCUAACUAUGACGAGAUGGAUUUAAAUGAUUUGCCUCCCAGUUUAGAGGUGUUGUCUGUUGCACAUAUACAGAAGACUCCCAUCCAUGGAAGCAUUCAGCAUCUGAAGAAAUUGCGGGUAUUAGACAUAAGCCAGGCGUUGGUCGAGGGGGUUCCACCUUUUGUCAUUGAUUUGCCGCAGUUGGAAGUAUUACAUGUAAACACCUUCAACAUUGCUUCAGACUGUGCUGAUUUCAUAAACUGUCCCAACAUACAGUUGCUUUCGGUGAGUAGACUUGCAUUGCAUUUCUUUGAAGGCCGAGAGGCGUUUAUUAAAUUUGUGUAUGAUAUGGUUGCAAAGUGUCAUCGUUUGAACAGAGUAUUUUUAAGUGAUGAAGAUGCAGAGGAUGACGUUUUCGAACCGCUCGGAGAAUUGAUUAAGCCUCAACUUGGAUAUAGACAGUGCCCAGAGAAGUGGUGUAACUAG